AUGCUACUAUCAUCCGACCAGCAUGCACACACACCGCGACUGGAAGACUUCUUCUGGACCGGUUCAGGCGAUGGUCCACCGCCGCCAGAUCUAUCUGCGCCUGCGCCAGUACCCAGUACUCCUGUUGUACGGACGACAACCGUUCUCGCAACUGUUUAUCUGGACUCGUACCCACCGCAGGCGGUGACGGACAAGAACACAGGUGAAUGUGUUCUCAAUUGUGGCGUGACACCAGAAGGUUUGGAGCCCGACAUCCCUGAAGAUCGAAGGUACUGGCUCCUCACCGUCAUUCAGGGAGCUACGCCAGAUAGCCUGCAGUUGCGCUUGGCCAGGUUAUAUCAAAAGGCGUUCUUAAGGCAACAGGAACGCCAUCUCGGUAUUAUAAAGUCUCUAGAUGCCACAACAUCUAGAAAGAAACACGACGUACAUUCAUUUAUAGUCAACAAAGAUAAUGAAAUUAGUCCAAUUAACACCGAUGAUACAGAAAUACAGAGCUCCAUGGUAAACAUUGAAGAAGUACACACCACAGUACAAAGUUUAUCUACAGUAGUUCAUCAUAACGAGAAAGAAAUGUUCUUAGUCAAUAGUAUGGAAUCUUUAAGAUUAGAAAUGGAACCAACUAAAUCAGAUGGCAUAGGAUGGAUUUUGGCCACGCCAGUGGUUAUAAGAAAAAGAGAUACCAAUGAAGCCGAAGACAUGGAUAUAAAUAGAGAGGAGAUUGAACCGCUGGAUGAUAAAAGCAAUGAAACAAUAUUAUUUAAGCGAGAAAUUAUAAAGCCCGAACAACAACCGCCUGUACACGUACAUAUACAGAAUAUUACUGAGUCAGCUGAAACAGGUACUGUGCAAAUAGUCUACGUGGUGUUAGUUGGUGGGAGGGCCGUUCCCGCUGCUGUAGCAGCGAAAGACAUGCGUCUAGUGAGAGACGCUGAGGUUGCGAAGGAAUUAGGAGCUGUUGUAACGACUAAGGCUGAACCGUAUCUCCGAGCGGCCGAAGGACUGGAGGGCGAAGCACCAAGCACUUCCAUUCAUGGUACUGAACUGUGGGCUCUCGCUGUUGGUUCUACUAUCGCUGUGCUUCUUCUAAUCAUUAUAUUUGUCUUGCUGUGUUUUGCACAUCGGAAAAAGUCAAUCAAGUCAGCAGCGUCACUACGAGCUUAUAGAAACGAGAUGAUGCGAGAGUUAGAACGCAGUCAUACAAGGGAAAAAGAUGAAAAUAACGGGAAGCUUAUUAGUGUAGUAUCUCCAAGUCGUACAAGACCCAGUAGCGCGCUUCUACCGAUCUAUAGAAAAAAUAGUGCUUCAAGCACAUCGACUUCGUCAUCUAGUGUAUCAGACGUGGUGGCAAUUAGGAGACGACAGAAGAAACCACAUGCCCUCAAAAUGCCGCAGAAGAGACGAGUAGGAACAACUGACAGUCUGCUAGAAGCAGCUGGUGUAGAAAGCUCGGAUAGCGGUCAGCCAUCUGCGCCGCAAACUCCGACUUCGUAUCUCUCUAUGCCAUCCGUUACAACGUUUCCCAGAGGAAACAUCGUAGAGCCGCUAUCACGAAUACUCGAACCCGUAUCCGUACGCCAUUUAGACAUAGAUACUCCAGUGUCCAGUCCGAAAGAGCAAAUCAAGGAUACAAUUCCUAGAAGACAGAUGGCGUCACAGCUGGUCCGUUUGGGCAGUAUAGACAAGGAUCCAGGAGUGAUUGGACCGCUUGUCUGGGAUCUUCACUGUCAGAGAAUUAAGGAUGCAUCAAAACCACCAAGCCCCAUGAAAUCAUUAAGUUCUCGCAAAGAACCGACGUCAUCACGAAUGAGGCAACGUUUUAAUGAGCUGAUGGAUGACGCCUUCACACUCUUCGGUAGUGCAGGUUCGAGUCCUUCUAACGACACAUUCACCGUUGAGAGAGAAGAUAGUAAAGAAAAACAACCAGCCGACGUGCGCGUGAGUGAAGCUCGCAACGACAAUGUUCGCCUCCCGGGCUCUCCUUACACGGCACUUGACACCCUACGAGGUCGCUCUGCCGGGGCAGGACGUGGACUUACCACAACAGACAGCAUGCGCCCGCGCACAUCGUUUACCCGUCCAACAGAACGCGCCAGCCGCGUACCCACUUGCGCUUGGGGACCAACAACAACAGCUGUUUUGCCAUCUAGAUCACCAGCGGCUCCGGUUGUAAACACAGCGCUCAUGAGCGCACAAGGCAGGCUGCCAAGUGAUGAUCCAGCUUUACCUCUCAUUUCUGCAAUCAAGACCGAGAUACAAAGAGUUCGUGAAAAUGCGAUAAAGCAAACUAAUUUCCAAACUGACUAG